AUGUCUCCUCUAUCGCUAGAAAAUAACGACUUCCAACCAGCUCCCAAGUUGUCCCUAAAGGACAUCAACGAGAACGUUGUUGAUGCUAAAUUUGCUAUCAGAGGGUCUAUCUCCAUCAAGGCAGAGGACCUACAAGUGCAAUUGAACAAGAACCCCCACUGUUUGCCUUUUGACGAGAUUACAGUGGCUAACAUCGGUAAUCCGCAAGAAUUGAACCAAAAGCCACUCACUUUUGCUAGACAAGUGGUCUCCAUCUUGCAAUACCCUGAAUUGUUGAAUAACCGUGAUGUCCUCACCAAGGAGAAAAUCUUCAAUUCUGACUCUUUUGAUAGAGCUGAAAGAUUACUUCGCGAUAUCGGUGGAUCAGUGGGAGCUUACUCUGCCUCACAAGGUGUCUACGGUAUAAGAAAAACAGCUGCUGAAUAUAUCACCAAGAGAGAUGGAGGUGAACCAUCAUAUCCAGAGGAUAUAUUUCUCACUACAGGUGCCACCUCUGCAGCUUCUUACCUACUGUCCGUCCUUUGUAGGGGCCCACAAACAGGUGUCUUAAUCCCAAUUCCACAGUAUCCUUUGUAUACAGCCACUUUGGCUUUGAACAAAUCCACUAUGAUCCCCUACUAUCUUGAUGAAGAAUCGGCAUGGUCCACAAACACGACAGAAAUUGAAAAAUUGGUCCUGGAUUCCAUAAAGAAGGGCAUUAAACCUUCAGUUAUAGUGGUUAUUAACCCUGGGAACCCAACAGGUGCCGUCCUAUCUGAAUUAGCUAUUGCAAAGAUUUUCCAAAUUGCUGCCAAAUAUGGGAUAGUGGUCCUAGCUGAUGAAGUGUAUCAGGAAAACAUAUUUGAUGGCGUGCAAUUCCAUUCUACAAAGAAAGUUUUGAGAGGUUUGCAGAAACAAUAUCCGGGCAAGUUCGAUAACAUUCAAUUGGCAUCCAUGCACUCCACUUCAAAGGGUGUCUUUGGUGAAUGUGGUCAAAGAGGUGGAUAUAUGGAAUUAGUAGGCUUCACUGAUGAAGUGAGACAGCUUCUCUUGAAAUUGGCAUGUCUGGCCGUAUGCUCCGUCGUGACAGGUCAAGCAAUGGUAGAUUUAAUGUUAUUACCACCAAAGAAGGGUGAUGCCUCGUAUGAGCUAGACAAGAAGGAACGUCAAGAAAUUUUUGAUGCCAUGUAUGAAAGAGCAAGAAAACUAUACGCAAUGUUUGAUAAGCUGGAUGGUAUUGAAUGUCAAAAACCUCAGGGGGCCAUGUAUUUAUAUCCAAGCUUGAUUUUGUCCAAGAAGGCAAUAGCAAAGGCGGAAAGUUUAAAUUUGACACCAGAUGAAUUUUAUUGUCAUGAAUUAUUGGAUGCCACAGGUAUAUGUACUGUGCCAGGCUCAGGUUUCGGGCAGAAAAAGGGAACCUACCAUUUGAGAACUACGUUCUUGGCACCAGGUAUAGAGUGGAUCAAUAAAUGGGAAAAAUUCCAUAAACACUUUUACGAAAAAUAUCAAGAUUAA